CAUUUGAUUGUCUUUACCUCGGUCAAAAGAUAAAAAACAUCCAAUUUGAUUUAAUUGGUUUUUCGAACCACGUGUUUUUUUACAUCGCAGAUUGCGCAUUACGUGUAGAAAUUUUUAUAAAAUACAAAAAGUCUUACGCUUGAGAAUCUAAUAUCUUGAAUUUAUAACAUAAUUUCUUGAACUUAUCGUGUCUGCAUUCGUAUGAAAAGAUUUUACAUGUUUGUAGGUUAGAAUAACACAGCGCAAUGACUAAUUCAAAGGGUUACAGACGCGGCACGAGAGACUUGUUCUCUCGGAAAUUCCGUAAACAUGGAACCAUUCCCUUGUCCACGUACAUGAAAACGUACAAAGUCGGCGAUAUCGUCGACAUCAAGGGAAACGGCGCCGUACAGAAGGGCAUGCCGUACAAGGUUUAUCACGGUAAGACCGGUCGUGUGUUCAAUGUGACGGCACACGCUCUGGGAGUGAUUGUGAACAAGAGGGUUCGCGGGCGCAUCAUCGCCAAGAGGAUCAACGUGCGCAUCGAACACGUGAGCCAUUCCAAGUGCCGAGACGACUUCCUCAAGCGCGUCAAGGAGAACGAGAGGCUGAGGAAAGAGGCGAAGGAGAAGAAAAUUCGCGUUCAACUCAAGAGACAGCCAGCUGAACCGUCUAAAGCGCAUAUUGUGUCAGGAAAGGAAGCGCCCAUUCUACUUGCACCUGUCCCAUAUGAAUUUAUUGCUUAAAUAUUAAAUAAACUCGAAUUUUGAAAAUAAAAGGUUGUUCUUGUCUCA